AGGAGGCAGAAACACAACACACACACACAUUCACCGGUCUGUGGGUCAGUCGACGGUCAUCACCAGCGUCUGGAGGAACUCUUCUUCCGUUUUAUUCACUUCUUUCUUUAUUUUAUUAUUCACUUAUUUAUUUGUAUUUGACGCGCGCGGCGUGCUGUUGUGUUGUCGCAAAGAUGAACGGAGUGACGAGGAGUCUGUGCACCUUUGAGGACAUCAGAAACCAAGACUAUGGGGAGAGGUGCAGACGACUGCGGCUCACGCUUCAAGACCAGGCAGCUCAGAGUGCGGAGCAGUACAGGGAUAAGCCAGUCGGACGAGCGUUUGCAGUGGUGCAGCGGGGAAGUGACAGACCUGCCGUGACACCAGAACCAGUCAAAUCGAAGGAGGAGCAGGUUGAAGUAAUCAAGGUCUAUCUAGAGGCUCGCAAACAAGAGCAGCAGAAACACCAGCAGAGUCUGAAGAUGCUGUCAGACGAGGUUUCACAGAUACAGGAGGUGAGGUAUUGCCUGAAGACACUGAGGGAGCAGAUGGCAGCCAAAAACAAGCCCCACACGAAUGGGUGGAAAGUGGGUAUUCCCUUCAGAAAGAGUUCCUCGUCUACGCACAAGGGAGAAGCUAAAGUGGACGCACAGGAAGCAGAAGAUGAAGCAGAGAGGACGAAGCUCAGGGAGGUCAGUAAGCGCCUGUAUGCACAGAUGCAGGAAGCUGAGAAGAAACACCAAGAGGAGAAGGAGAGGCUGCAGACUGAAGGCACCAGGCUGAGGGAGCGUUUGAGCAGCCAGGAGGAUAUAUUGAAGACCAUAGAGGAAGACAGCGAGAAAAAAGACCAUCGCAUCGAGGAGUUGCAAAGGUUGUUGGGAGGGAUGGAGCAGGAGAGUGCAAUGCUGCGGGACGCAAUCCGCAACCGCGAGGAAGAAAUGUGCGAGCUGCGUAACAUCAGAGAGACUGGUCGGAAAGGAGACCAGAGGGCUGAACAGUUGGAGAAGGAGGUGGCUAUUCUCAAAGAGAAGAUCCACCAUCUGGAUGACAUGCUGAAAAGCCAACAGAGGAAAGUCAGACACAUGAUUGAACAGCUCCAGAACUCUCGCAUGGUGAUCCAGGAGAGAGACCGGGUGAUCAAAGAGCUGGAGGAGAAAGUGGCAUUCUUGGAGGCUGAGAACCGGGAGAUGCAUGACCAGAUGGAAUACUUCCUCGGAGAACAGAGGUCAAAUUCCUACCUUUCAUCAGAGCGCAACCCCCAGAUUGUCUACAGUAAACCAAUCAAGCUGUCCACCUCAUCUAACAAACCACUUCCUUUCAUCAAAGUCAUCGAGAUUAAGUCAUGAAGUGGCUAUGCAGCAGAAACACACAUUUCGGGGAUUAAGAAAACAGAACCACCAAACCUUUUUCACGACAGACUGAAACCAAACAGCAGCAGCAAUGUUUGGAGAGCUGAGCUUCUUGACCUGCAACUACAGCACUAAGCACAAACACUCUUGAAGGUUUAUGUUUGGUGUGUGUACACUGGGCUCUGCUCUGUACUUGUGUAUGUGAAUAGUAAAUACCAGAUUUAACAUAGAUGAUUUAAGUGUACGGAUACACUUGAUGUACUUUGAAGGUUUUACACAUAAUACAGCAGCGUAGUAUGCCACUGUUUCCUAGUCCUGCCCUGAUCUGUCACGUUUUUGACCUGAAGUCUUUUUUAUUGUGUUGAAUAUGUGUUGUACAAAGGGCAGGAUGGCAAAUUUUAGCAAACUUUAGCAAAAGUGUGUAAUAAUAAUAAUAAUAUUAUAUAAUCCUAAUGUAGCAUCGAUUUACAUGUAGCUAACCAAGCUGUCAUGACGUAAAAAUCAUUAACCUGAGGAUCUGAAUCCUCACUGUCACAUGACCAUAAGCGCGUAAAUAAUGACUGUGGCCUGUGUAAGGUCAACACCCUGCACUCUGCUGAAAAGAGCAGUUUUAAUCCCCAAACGCUAAUUUGGCUCUUAAUGUUAUCUGAGGAAUCAGACGGAAUAUUUCUGUUUCAGAGGUGUCAUGUUUUUUUCUGAAUAUUUCUUCUAAAGCAUUUCAGGUCCCUGCCAGUAUGUGCACUGUCACCUUGUUUGUACAUAUUUGUGAUUUGAUUUCUAACAACUUUCUUCUUUGUAUUUAUUUAUAUUAAAUAAAAAAAUAUCUAUUGUA